CUUGUGGUGAGGAGCAGCGGCGGCGCUGAAGCGAGUGCGGGGACCGAGUGACCGACGGACAGACAGAGACGGAGUGUGGCCUCGGGCCGCCCGACCCCGGCCGCCGGACAGCGCAGCGGAGCCGCCGCCGCCCAAGCCCGGCACGUCCCGCCCGCCGCGGCUCAGGCCGCUCAACAUACGCACACACAAACGCACACACUGAGCAGCAGACGCCCGCUUUCAACACAUCAACCCCGAGCCUGAGCGGGAGGCGCCGGCCCGCGGGAUGGCGAUGAAGCGGAUUAACAAGGAGCUUCUAGACUUGGCUCGUGAUCCGCCAGCACAGUGUUCUGCAGGUCCAGUUGGAGAUGAUUUAUUUCACUGGCAAGCAACAAUCAUGGGACCUAAUGACAGUCCGUAUCAGGGUGGAGUCUUUUUCUUGACAAUUCAUUUUCCUACGGACUAUCCUUUUAAACCACCUAAGGUUGCAUUUACAACAAGAAUUUAUCACCCAAAUAUUAACAGUAACGGCAGCAUCUGCCUUGAUAUUCUCCGGUCGCAAUGGUCCCCUGCGUUAACUAUUUCUAAAGUUCUAUUGUCCAUUUGUUCACUGUUAUGUGACCCAAACCCUGAUGACCCACUAGUGCCAGAGAUUGCACGUAUCUACAAAACAGAUAGAGAAAAGUACAACAGAUUAGCACGGGAAUGGACUCAGAAAUAUGCAAUGUGAUACCUGAUACCUUGGAGUUCAAAUAUCUUGCAUCAUAGCUGGAAUAAACUUUUAAAUGACUGAUUUAUGAUUUUCCUAUUUGGCUGCCCCCUUGUAAGAUCACAUCUUUCAUGCCCCUCGUUCCACCUCCUAACCCUCCUGGCCCUCUCCUUGCCCUUCCUGCUCCACCCCAUUCACAUGCUCUUGUGAGAAGGCAGUUUAGUACUUUGUGCUUGGAACGACCACUCUGGACUUCUAAUGUAGUUUCAUCAAUCAUCUGAAAUUUUGACCUCCUUUAUAUAUGGAGCAUGUGGUAAGUGGCCAAUACCUUCAUAAUAACUUGGUUAUGAGUUUUAAAACAUUCUCAUUGAAAUAACAGUCCUGAUUUAUAUGUGAAAUUAAAUGAGUCAUCUUCAUUAUUAAGGGAUUGCUGCAUUAAUGGGACAGCAUCUUUCAUUUUCCCCAAAUAAAAUGGUAUUUGAGUCUAUUUACUUCAUGCUCAUAACUUUGUUAUGGAUGCUGGAUUGGUUCAGAAUGUUAUAACGUCGGCAUUAAUUAAAAUAUAUGCUGUAUUUUAUGCAUGUUAAUAAAAGGAAUGACUUAAGGUUUUUGUUGGUUUUACGCAGAAUAGAAAUGGAAGUUACUGUCUCUUAAUCUUCCUCCUCAAGCGAACAAACAAAUCAUUUUGUAAAUUUCAUUUACAGUACUGCUUUUUUUUUAAAAUAAAUACAACUAUCAGUUGAUCUGUUUUCCACAACACUUUUACAUGGCACUGAGUUAUGGUUUUCAUCUUUCGGUAGACUGAUCAACUCAUAGCUUGUAUUCAUUGGGUUUUUCUUUUAAUAAAGUUGCAUAAACCAU